GCCAUCGCUUCAUCAUCCGUGCUGCCUUGGCCAGGAGAUGGAAGAUCCCUUUGGCCCUGGUCCUCUGCCGCAGGUACCUAACCUCUCCAUCCCGCUGGGGCAGGGUUUCAACCGGUCAUCCAUGAGAGACCCUGCUGCCGGAUUGCUGUCCCCGCUACCCACUCCUCUAAGCCACAAGGUGCGGCUCGUUUCCCUCGGGAUAAUUUUGGUGGUGGCAGUGGUGGGCAACGCCACAGUGCUUUGUACGCUGUGCGGCGGCGGCGGUGGACCUUGGGCUGGCCCCAAGCGUCGGAAGAUGGACUUUCUGCUGGUGCAACUGGCCCUGGCCGACCUGUACGUGUGCGGGGGGACCGUGUUGUCGCAACUGGCUUGGGAGCUGUUAGGAAACACCCACCUGGUGGCUGGAGACCUGGCUUGCCGAGUCGUUAAACUGUUGCAGGUGUCCGCACUCCUGGCUUCCUCCAACAUUCUCGCCCUCAUCUGCCUGGAGCGACACCGAGUGGUGAGCCGGCCCCUAGGCCCGCCCCUACCCACCCGCGCCCUUGCCGCCCUGGGCUGGCUGUUGGCGCUGCUCCUAGCUCUGCCCCAGGCGUUCGUGGUCCGUGGUUGGCCGGCCGCCAGUCCCCCAGACGGCUUCAGCGGGGUUCCCGCCUUGACCUCGGCUGCAUCCACGACUAGCUCUUCCGUGACUGCCUCACAGAGUCCUCCAGGGUCUCCGGCUUCUGCCUGGGCAUGGUCCGGGGAGCGUCGGUGCCGCACCAUUUUCAGAGCCCUGCCUCGUUGGCACCUGCAAGUCUAUACUGUGUAUGGGGCGAUUGCGGGAUUCCUGGCCCCUCUAGCCAUCCUGGGUGUCGCCUGCGGGCGCCUGCUCUAUAUUCUGUGGCAGCAGCGACCCCAGGCGCCAGCUCCUGCCUCCUGGUCCCCCUGCGCCUGGGAGGCCGGCCACUGCAGAGCUCGAAGUGCCCUCACUCGAGCCAAGGUGCAAAGCCUGAAGAUGACCCUAGUGUUGGCUCUGCUAUUCGUGGUCUGCGAGCUGCCCUACUUCGCCGCAGAGCUGGCAGCUGCCUGGUCGUCCGAGGCCCCGGGCGAAGGGCAGGGCGAGGGCUUGGCCUCUGCGCUGGGCAUCGUGGUGGUCACCAAUAGCGCUCUCAAUCCCUAUGUCUACCUCUUUUUCCAAGCUAGUGACAGCCGGCUGCGGCGAAUGUGGAGGAGGCUGGCCUCAGUCUGCUGCUGCGGACACUGCCCGAAGAAAGGAGACGGGGACGACGAGGACGAAGCGGCCCAAGGACAUCAGCCACUGCACCGACACCGCUGGCCCCACCACCACUAUCAUCACCAUCGUCGUCGAGAGCAACCUGGAGCCUUCACGUCGGAGGGCUCCUUUCAUCCCCCAGUACCGCCCGCUUCCAAGCAGCUCCCCUGCUCCUGUGAAAGCGCGUUCUAGCCAGUGGAGAGAUCUGUUUUUCACUUUUGCACCUUUCUGGGAAAAGCCAGGGAAGCCGGUAACCAGAGAUCCCUGAUUAACAAAAAAAGCAAAGAACUCUAAUACAAGAAGCAGUUUACUUUAAAACCUCCUUCCUUACUUUCUUUCUUUUUUUUUUUCUUCCCUCCUUUUUUUGCCCUUCUUUUCUCCUUCUCUUCCCUCCUUUCUCCUUGGCUGUCUCUUCCCUUUUUUCUCUUUCACUUUGUUUCCUUUCUUUCUCCAUUCUUCCCUUCUUGACUCCCUUUCCUUCCCCCUUCCUUCAUUGCUUCCUUCUUUCAACUUUCCCACCUUCCUUUCCUAACUUUUUCAUUUCUUUCUUGAAUUCUCACCCUAUUCUCCAAUAUGCAAAGAAGAAAAGAGGAAAAAAAUCAGGAAGCCACUUGUUCUGAAAACUAAAAUUGUUAGAUAGCUCUGGCUUUUUACAUCUAUUUAAUACUCAAAAAUAAAAUCUUGAAUUCUGCAGUUGUGUUUUAACUGAAGUGCCAAAUUUGGGGUAUUUGCUGUCAAUUUUGAGGUGUAUUAUUGACAUCUUUUACACCAUGUAUCCUGUGUUUCUCUUUCCACAAAAGAAAAAACAAAAAAAGACAUCCUUUCUCUUAGAUUGAUUAGCUACUGUGACUGAGAUGUUGUUAGAAUUGUAAUCUUGCUAUAUUGCAUUAUGAUAACAGAGUAGUGAUAGAGUAUUUAUAAAAAAAUAAAAUAAAAAUAUUUUCUAAAAAA